AUGGGUUUCGUCGACUUCCUCACCGAUGCUGGCCUUGGCCUCCUGAACAACUGGCUGGUCACCCGCUCAUACAUCGUUGGCUACGGCGCCACGCAGGCCGACGUCGCCUGCUUCAAGGCCCUCAAGGCUUCCCCAGACGCUGCCAAGUUCCCCCACGCCGCCCGCUGGUACAAGCACAUCGCCACGUACGAGAGCGAGUUCAGCAGCCUGUCUGGCGAUGCCAGCAAGCCCUAUACCGUCUACGGCCCCGACAAGGCCGAGCUCACGCUGAACCCGGCCAAGGCCCCCGCCGCCGCCGACGACGAUGAUGACGUUGACCUGUUCGGCAGCGACGACGAGGAGGAGGACGCCGAGGCCGUCCGCAUCCGCGAGGAGCGCCUGGCCGCGUACCGCGAGAAGAAGGCUGCCAAGCCCAAGGUUGCUGCCAAGUCUGUCGUCACCUUGGACGUCAAGCCUUGGGAUGACGAGACCGACAUGGCUGAGCUCGAGGCCGGCGUCCGUAGCAUCGAGAAGGAUGGCCUGGUCUGGGGCGCCUCCAAGCUCGUCCCCGUCGGCUUCGGUGUCAAGAAGCUUCAGAUCAACCUGGUCAUCGAGGACGACAAGGUCUCUCUGGACGAGCUCCAGGAGCAGAUUGCCGAGGACGAGGAUCACGUCCAGUCCUCUGAUGUCGUCGCCAUGCAGAAGCUGUAA